AUGUCGUUGAUAUACUCCAGAUUCGUUGUGGAUGCCAUGUAUGCUUUUGCAAGAUGUACAGUGAAUAAGUGUUAUCAUAACUAUUGGUUAUGGUUUGAACAGAUUGGCUACUUCUCAAUCGGAACUGUUUCAGCAUUCCUCUGUUUUCGAUUGUACAUUUGGAAUUAUUGUACUAAAGUUCAGCAACAAAACAAGAGAAUUUCUAGGGCCACCAAAAUAUCACUUCUAGACACAGUUAUCAUCUUCACAUUUGAUCUACUUCCAUCUUUUCUCUUUGCUCAUUUCCCAGCAGUUAAUUUUGAAACUGUUGGUCCAUUGAGUGCUCUUUGCAAAAACUUUGGAUUCGUUGUCGAAGCAAUUAUUAUUUGUAAAGUUUUGAUAGGAAAGAAGGGAGUUGCACCGCUUUCAACUAGCAAGUAUACCCCCAACGCCACUUGA